AUGCUGUCUCUCCGAAGCUUUGCUAGAUCCGCCCCGCGGGCCAUGUCCCGGCUUGCCAGCGCUUCGAUGCGCUCUGGCGUUGCCCGUCCCAGCACCUUUGCCAAGGCCUCAGCUAUCAGUGCCCUGCGACCUGCUCGCGCCGCCGCCUUCUCAACAACAGCCGGCCGCCGUGCUGCGGACGGCGAAACCGACGAUGAGCUGUCCGCCAAGCUGGAGAGUGAAAUCCAAAUCGAGGAGGAGAUGAAGGCGCAGGAGCAGCAGCCCGCCAGCAUCAAGGACUUUUUGGACAACAGCCCCUUUGAGCUGAUUGACACCCCUGGACAGGAAGUGGUCAAGCUGGUUCGCUCAUUUGGCAACGAAAAAAUCACAGUCAGCUUCUCCAUCGCCGACAUCACCAACUACGACCCCUACACCGAGGACGCUGCCCUUGAGGACGAGGAGUUUGACGACUCCAUCCAAUCCCCCGGCAAGCAAUCCAACAACGCUGCCGAAGAAGCCGACGAGAUGGACGAGCUCGACGAAGAGGCCGCCGCCCCGAUCAACCUCUCCAUCGUGGUCGAGAAGCCCGGCAAGACCGCUGGUGCCCUCAACAUCGACGCCACCGCCCAGGACGGCAACAUUGUCGUCGAGAACAUGUUCUUCUACGAGGACGCCAAGGUCGCCAAGGUCGAGAGCCCCGAGUCUGCACAGAAGCGCGCGGACGUGUACCCCGGUCCUCCGUUCGGCAGCCUCGACGAAGAUCUGCAGGUCCUGAUGGAGCGGUUCCUCGAGGAGAGAGGCAUCACGCAGGCUAUGGCUGUGUUUGUGCCCGACUAUGUGGAUGUCAAGGAGCAGAGGGAGUAUCUGCGGUGGUUGAGUAACGUCAAGGGCUUCGUUGAUGCUUAA